AAUUCUUUCUUCUUUUUUAGAAGUUUGUAUUUGUAAUAAGUAGUCAAGAUGGCAUACAGUGCAUAUAUAUACAACAAUGCACUUGUAGCGUUAACAAGUUUUGUGUUCUUCUACUCUGCUGGCAAAAAGAUAAGUUUAUUGGUCACACAAUCAACUAAAAGCUAUGCCUCCAUGUCAAAAAAAACAAAAAUGGAGUUUCAUUUUAGGAAUAAUUCAACAAUUCAUGCAGUUUUGGUCACAGCAUUGUGCAUUUUUGUGUUGAUAUGGGACCGUAAAGAACUAAGCGAUCCACUCUGGGGAGUAUCUUGGAAAGCUGAGGCCAUCACUGCGAUCACACUUGGAUACCUUUUAGCAGAUUUUGUCUAUCUGCUACGAUCUAAUUCAUCAACAACAGAUGCCUAUUGGAGUUCUAUGUGCCACCAUCUGCUUACAAUGUCUGUUUAUCUCAAUAUCACAGUAUUUGGAUGUUUUUCUUACAUUUCACUUAUUCGCUUGACGGCAGAAAUGUCAACUCCUUUUGUUAAUAUGAGGUGGGUGCUUGAUGUUUGUGGCAUGAAGCUGUCGAAAAUCUUUGUAUACAACGGCUGGUUAAUGGUUCUUACUUUCUUCUGUUGUCGUAUCCUCGUUAUGCCGUAUGGAUAUUAUGUGGUGUUAAUUCUCAGACAUACAGAAGGCUUUAGAAGGUUGGGGGUUCUUGCUUUGUGUAUGGUUCCUGCUGCGUUAAUAGAUCUUAUGAACUUGUAUUGGUUUAGCAGAAUGAUCAAAGGGCUUUUAAAAUACUUGGACUUGCAAAAGAGAAUGCAAAAAUCAAAUGGUAUUGUGACUAAUGGAAAGGCAGAUUAAAAUUGGUCUCUUUCUUUAAGUGUAGCAAUUUCUGUAUUCUUAAUUUUUACUUCGCAAUUUUAAUGUGCUUACAAUUGUGAUUUAGCACUGUCUGCCUUAUGGUUGGUAAUUUUUAUGGUUUGCAGUUCUUGGUACUUUUGUAUGGUAACUUUCAAGUAUUGCUUUAUAUUAUUAACUAAAGACGCAUAGCUACAUAUAAAAAUCUUUUAAAAAGAAAAAAGAUUUUUCCUGAAAAUAUAACAAGUAUAGUAGCUUGCUAACAGUGUUUUGGUUAAUACAUAAAGAUACCACUGUAGUAGUUUAAAACCAAUCAUUUUAAAAAAGUCAAAUGUCUUCAUAUGGACAACAGCGUAUUUCAGCUGUUUAUAAAAUAACCAUUGGUAUGUCCACAUUUAAACAAGCAGAUCUUCCAAUAACUAUUAUAUGGCUAAACUAUGCUUAACAUAUCCAGUUGAUAUAUUUGACACCAAUGCUCGGUUACUGCUAAAACAACAGUUAGGUUACAUUUAUUGCUACCCGAAUCAGUUGCUUCAUAUACUUCGUUAUUAAUUAAAUUCAUUCUAAUAUUCUAUUUGUGACAUUCAAAAUACAAUGAAUAAUAUCUUUUCCAUCAGAAUGACAGUGUUUACUAAUAACUCCCAAUAGUAGUGUUGUACUGCUCACCACAAAGUCAGUUAUGGCUACGUUUUUGAAGCUGCCUUUGUGUGUCAUUGUAAUAACUAUUGGUUCUUGGUCUGCAACGUGUUACUUACAUCAAUACUUCAGUCUGUGCUUCCUUAUUUUGCUUGUGUCUCACUUGUAAAAAUGUUGUACAUUUUGUAUUUUCUAUUUGUACAAUUAAAAAGUAUGUACGCCUAAUAAAGUUGCCCAGUAUGGUUGAAAAUAUAA